AUGACAAACCCAUUGUUUCUUAAGCAGUUUCAAGCUACUUAUGGAAAACCGCUGCUAGCUGCUAGGGAUUCUAAAUGUUCAGUUAAGGAUGCUGAAGCAGGUGCACUAGCCAUGGAAGCUCUGCACAAGCAGGUUAUGCCUUUCCUCUUACGCCGAACAAAAGAUGAAGUUUUGUCUGAUUUACCAGAGAAGAUCAUUCAGGAUAGAAAUUGUGACCUGAGUCCUGUACAGUUAAAACGAGAAAUCUCAAGUAUGGUUAAGGUAAAUGAAGAUAAAAGAGAGGGACCCAAAGCAUCUUCUCAUGUUUUCCAGGCACUUCAGUGCUUGUUAAAACUUUGUAGUCAUCUAUUGCUUGUCCUUGGUGAAUCAAUCCCGGAGUCACUCUUACCUCAUCUGACAGAACUCUUUCCUGCUAGUGCUGAAGGACCCAUUAGUGUUGGGCAGCAUCCAGUUCUCAUAUUUGCACAGCAUAAGGCCCUUUUGGACAUUAUUGAAAGAGAUUUGUUUCAUACCCAUAUGAAAAGUUGGUGGGCUUGGUUUGAAUCUGACAUCAGCAGAUACCCUGGUUUUUAUGGAGCAUGGCUGGAAUCCCAUGCGAGAUCACCAGGCAAUGGACAGGUAGGUCAGCGGAAAGUUGUCAAUGUUCACCGUCUCAUCAUGAGGGGCACCUUGGAAGAAAAAGUGAUGAGCCUCCAAAAGUUCAAAGUUUCGAUUGCUAAUGCCAUCAUCAAUGCAGAUAAUGCAAACGGCAAAAAGGGAACAAGAAAAUCAGUACGGUUGGAUGAAAACUCUGAAGGCGAUAAAAAAUCACCGGGUGGUGGCAAGGGACUUAAGGCCAUUCUUGGUGGACUAGAGGAACUUUGGGAUCAAUCACAGUACACUGAAGAAUAUAAUCUGAGCCAGUUUUUAGCAAAGCUAAAUGGCUGA